ACUGCUGGACUCACCAACCAGCAACAAGCGGCUCCAGACAGCCUCUCUCUCCCCGGACCGCCGCGGUGCUCUGCCCGGACUCUCUCGCUUCUCUCGGUCCUCCCCCCGGACCUUUCCCGCUCUCUCCCCCCCGGACUGCCUCGCUCCCUCCCCGGCCGUGCCGCUCGCUCUCCGGCGUGCCCCUCUGGAAUAUUCGGCCGCUCGGGGAGUUCCUCUGGACCGUGAACCGGACCCGGUCUCCCGCCUCUCCCCGUCUCCUCUCUGUCCUCUGACUCUGGGACAUUCGGGAGCAGACCGGGGGACCAGCCGCUCGGACUGCCGCCGACACGGAGCUCUGCUUUCCGGCUUCCCUCCGGCGGCUCCCGGGAGAGACCCGGAGCGGCUCUCCGGUGCCCCGGUACCGGCCCGCGGGGUGUUGAUCUCCGGGGUUUUGUGUGUUUAGCGGGGACUCGGUUGGAUCCGGAGCACUUGUGGCUCUCGGUGCGGGCUGCUGGCCGGACCAGGGGCGUGCAGGACGGGGAAGUUGGUGGAAGUUGGCGGUGCGGUCCGCGGUCCCCGGUGCUCGGUCCCCGGUCCCCGGUGCUCGGUCCCCGGUGCAGGAGGUCACCUCCUCCGCUCCUCCUCCUCCUCCUCUCCCCUGAAGAUGUGAGCGGUCCCCUCUCCUCCUCCUCCUCCUCCUCUCCCCUGAAGAUGUGAGCGGUCCCCCCUCCUCCUCCUCCUCCUCCUCCUCCUCUCUCCUCCUGUCUUCCUCCGGACCGCUCGGCUCCUCUCUCCCGGGGAGGAGGUGCUGCCGGACCGGGAGACAUGUACGAAAGCCUGGACGUGGUGGGUCUGAGCCCCGGUCCCGGCCCCGGCAGCCCGAGUCCCGGCUCCUUCCUCAGCAUGGACUACUACCACCGGCCCCCGGGGCUGGGGCCGGACAAGGGGCUGCUGUCCGGGGCGGCGGGCGGCGGGGCGGCGGGGCUCCAGCGGCCGUUCGGAGGGUCCCUGGUGUCCGGGAGGCACUGGAGCGGAUCCAGCCACUCCAUCGAGACGGAGAGCACGAGCUCCGGAGAGGACCUGCUGGUCCCCAGCCCCCCCUCACCCCCUCCUCCACCCCGGAUCUACAAGCCCUGCUUCGUCUGCCAGGACAAAUCCUCCGGAUAUCACUACGGAGUCAGUGCCUGUGAGGGCUGCAAGGGCUUCUUCCGGCGGAGCAUCCAGAAGAACAUGACGUACACGUGUCACCGCGACAAAGUCUGCGUCAUCAAUAAAGUGACCAGGAACCGCUGUCAGUGCUGCCGCCUGCAGAAGUGCCUGGACGUGGGCAUGUCCAAAGAGUUGGUCCGCAACGACCGCACCAAGAAGAAGAAGGAGGAGAAGCGGCAGAGCGAGGUGGAGGUCUACGUCCUGUCCGCGGACACCGAGGAGAUGAUCCAGCGAGUCCGCCAGGCCCACCAGGACACGUUCCCGUCCCUGUGCCAGCUGGGGAAGUACACCACGAGCAACAGCGCCGAGCACCGGGUGGCGCUGGACGUCAGCCUCUGGGACAAGUUCAGCGAGCUCUCCACCAAGUGCAUCAUCAAGACGGUGGAGUUCGCCAAGCAGCUGCCCGGCUUCACCACGCUCAGCAUCGCCGACCAGAUCACGCUGCUGAAGGCCGCCUGCCUGGACAUCCUGAUCCUGAGGAUCUGCACCCGCUACACCCCGGACCAGGACACCAUGACCUUCUCCGACGGGCUCACGCUGAACCGCACGCAGAUGCACAACGCCGGCUUCGGCCCGCUCACCGACCUGGUCUUCGCCUUCGCCAGCCAGCUGCUGCCUCUGGAGAUGGACGAUGCAGAAACGGGCCUGCUCAGCGCCAUCUGCCUGCUGUGUGGAGACCGUCAGGACCUGGAAGAGUCUCAGAAGGUGGAUGUUCUCCAGGAGCCGAUGCUGGAAGCCCUGAAGCUCUACGUCAGGCGGAGGAGGCCUGACAAACCGUGCAUGUUCCCCAAGAUACUGAUGAAGAUCACAGACCUGCGGAGCAUCAGUGUGAAAGGAGCGGAGCGGGUCAUCUCCCUGAAGAUGGAGAUCCCCGGUUCGAUGCCACCGCUCAUCCAGGAGAUGCUGGAGAACUCCGAGGGUCUGGAGGGCCAAGGGGCCGGAGGGGGGAGGGGCAGAGGGGGGGAGGGGAGGGGGGGAGGCAGGCGGGCGGAGACCUGCCAGCGGAGCCCACCCUCCACGUCCGAGCCCUCCCCGAGCUCCUCCCCCUGCUCCACACCCCCGCCCUCCACCUGAAGCUCCUCCCCCCUCCCGGCACAUAAAGCUCCCACCUCCACCUGAAGCCCCGCCCACUGAGGAACACUGAACAUUACUGAACGGGAGGGCCGACUCCUCCUCUUCCUCUUCCUCCUCCUCUUCGUCCUCAUGUAAAAUAUUGUACAUAAGAAAAGCUGAAUGAAGCUCAAAAACACGAGAAACAAGAGGUUAUUUUCCUAAAUGUACAUGUGUAUAUAAUGAUUCAUGCCCAGUGCAGCUACACACACACACACACACACACACACACACACACACACACACCAAACACACACUGGAAUCAGAAGUGUUUCUGAGCGUUUCAGACUCUGUGGAUUUCUUCAAACCAAAGCAGGGGGCUUUAACACGCAGCAGGACCGGACCCCCCCACUCUGUCAGGUACACGGUCUUCAUCCCCACCCCCCACUGUGCACUGAGGUGAAGCUCA